GAAUUGACGGUCCCACUUCUUUUCUCCAGGACGUAAGUGGGUAGGUGGGCUGUUCUUUUUUUCGCUUUGAGCCCCCCUCAGGCUUCAAACCGCUAACGGGUUCAACAUUAUUAUUACCUUACUUUACGUACACUGUUUAUUUUCACCUACUACACCUACCUAACUACACCUACCUACCUAGGUACACUUUAAAUAAAAGGUUAGGUACUUUACAACACAUUUUACGAUAUACAUCCAUAAAGCCCAUUACAUACAAUACAUACAUACCUAGGUACCUAUACAUAAUAGUUUAAUCAAUAUCUUCCCUAUGCCUUCCGAACCGUCCACCUCGGGCAUCGUCACCGACGAGCACAGCGGCGAGCGACACAUCCCCGAAUCCGUGCGCGCGGACGGCACCACGCGCAAAGCGAUCAAGAUUCGCCCGGGCUACCGGCCCCCCGAGGACGUCGAGCUGUACAAGAACCGCACGGCGGAGUCGUUCCGGAACCGGGGCAAGGCCGGCGGCGUCGUCGGAGCCGAGGGGUUGAAAGAGCACAAGCAAGAAACUACCGCAGCCACGUCCGCGUCCGCCGCCAGCAACAAAAACGCCAAGAGGAGGGACGCUAGGAAGAAGGCGAAGCAGUCGCAGGAACCGGCCGACGCGAAAGAUGCGACUGCUACUGCUACUGCUGCUACUACUACUACUACCGCUGCUACUACCGCUGUCGAAGACCCGGAGGCCGAGAGGGAAAAGAAGGCUCGCAAUCUGAAGAAGAAACUCAAGCAGGCGAAGGAGCUCAAGAGCAAGAAGGAGGGCGGGGAAUCCCUUCUGCCGGAGCAGAUCGCCAAGGUCAUCAAGAUCAACGAGCUCGUGCGAGAGCUUGAAGCGCUCGGUUUCGACGCCGACGGGGAGCCCAAACCAAACACGGACGCGACGACGGCAGUGCCAGAAUCGGCAAAGGAGGGUUGACCAUGCAGGUAUCACGAACGAGCGUUUCGAAUGGUCUAAUGGACCAAGCAAAAACAACAACAAUAAUAAUUAUAAUAACAAGAUAUUGAUUGCUACACGAUAUCUACCUAAGGAAAGGAUAUCGUGGUAGUAAAGACCAUGAUGAUACUAUGAUAUCGACCCAUUCGGUCUCAGUCUACGCACCAGCAAAGACGGAUUAGUUGGCUUGUCUUAGCUUAACCUAGUAUCCGUCAAGCCUCAACACCAGCCGAGCCGGAUUUAAAACGGCCACGAUGUCUAUCUACAUAUAGCCAUCACCAAAUAAACAGGCGCCACGGACCUAGGAAAACGAGGCCUUUUAAGUCUCCACAGCACGUCCUUCGGAGUAUCCAGCGCAAACUUUACCCGGUUACCGUGCUACAAGAACUGAGCCUUUUUUUUUUAAUUCCUAUUGAUACCUAGAUAGGAGAAAUCGAAUCUGGCUAUAUUGGUGUGCCGGACAAAGCCGUCUGGAGCUUUCGUGCAUGGCGAGCAAGUUUCCA